AUGCAAGAGUCGCAAAAGGAAGCCCUACAUUUUGGUUACCCGCCACAGCUUGUCUCGGCCCUCCAGGCAAUUGCAGCGCGAGCCACCUCAGGCCUCUUCAAAGAUCCUAUGGUCGUGGCCGCCGACAGGACGGCUCAGCAACAAGCGCAAUCGCAGGCCAACAUCCUCGAUCGAUUAGGGAAGAGGAUGUCAGGCAACGCAAAGGCCAAGCAGGCCUUGCGAGAGGCCUCGCUUGCCUGGGUAGGCAAGCUGGGACAGCAUUUGGCCGCUUUGACCUCCAGGUUGCAAACGGUCGCCGACAGACUGGAUCGCGACCAAAGCGAGGCCAUCAGCGACUUGCAAGCAGCUACUAUACACCUCGAGUCUGGUACGGACGAGCAGAUUACGCAGGCCCUGGCGUCGAUGGGGCCGGUGUGGAGCCAACCUCAGGAGGCCGAAGUCUUGCGCCUGGCGGCCUCGCUCCGGGCUUUUGCUGCUGUGGGUACCGGUCCAACACCUGGACCACAGCUGAAUGUUGGGUCCGGGGUUCCACCCCAAGCUAUGGCUUCUGGUCCUGGUUCUAUCAUGGGAGCAGUAGGCCUUCAUGGGGCACCGCUGCUGGAAGGCCAGGGCUUUGGUGGGUCGGCUACCCCUCCAGCCUCUCCCAGUCCUGUCGCUCCGGGCCAUGCAUUGACCUCGGUCACCCCAGCGAGAUCCUCGGCGUCUGGCGAUGGCAUGGACACCUCGGGAGCGGACACCACUGCCAAACGAAGGCGAGAGCUCGAUCUCUCGGCAGAGCCGUGGACGAAGGCUGCUACGGGGCUCACGCCGGAACGGCCCAGCCGUGCAGCCGCACCCGACGAAGAGGAACUUAUCCCUGCCGUUUCCACGACCCCGCUUACAUGGACGACAGCAUGGUUCCAGGUAUCUCGCCAAUGUUGGGAGCAGGGCUCUGCAGUGGUCGGCCAGCUUGCCGUCUCCGAAUGUCAGGAGCAGGUGUUUCCUUUACAGCACCUUGUCUCAGACCCCGACGAUUGUAGCGGAAGGCGAGGAGAUUUGGACCCUACUGGGUCAUGCUGUCCAGCAACUGGAGUCCGAGUCGGAGGUCCUGCAGCUGGUGGAGAGGAUGCGCGUCUGGCUUGGGACCUGCCGCGAACGCCCGUUGGCAGUGCCCCAGGCCAGGCAGGGCUUGUUGCUUUUGGCACAUGCCACUCAAGGCCACCUAUACAGUAUCGAUGCCACCGGUCCUUCUACGUUGCAGGAAUGGCUCUACCCAGCGGAGCUUCUCAGCUAGGACAUCCCGCUCAUUGGUUUCCUGCCAGCAACUUGGGGCUCUCUCGCCCUGCGAGUCCUUGCGACGAUGCCGUGCCCCCUACGAGCAGUGCCGGACGAGCCAGACUU